UGGUCUGUAUUUAACUGGAACUGCUAAGUCUUUUGUUACAGUAAUUGUUUCGAGUUCUUUUUUAACUUGAAGAGAUUAAACUUAAGAAAGAUAGCGUUAGUUAAUCCUAGCAGCAGCCUUAAAAAAUAUUUUUUGGAUGUUUAAAAGGUCGAUUUUGUUUAAAAUAUGACUUGGCUGACAGCGCUGAUUGUUUUUAUUGCAACGUCACAGUUCUUGAUUACGUCAGGUUUUGGACAAAACAAUUUUACCGCAACGACAACUGCUCCAGGAAUAUGCAAUGUGCUCCUAAAUGCUACUCACACCCCUGUUAAUAUCUCUUCACCAAAUUAUCCCAACUUGUACCCUCAUAGUUCUAGCUGUUGGUGGAAUUUAAUUUCAAAUAAUCCUCGCUACCAAGUUCAACUGACUUUAAAAACUUUUGAGACGGAAACUUGCUGUGAUUAUCUUCAGAUCAACAACGGCACAGAGAACGAACUCGUGAAAUUACAGGGAAGUCUGACAAAUCGAACACAAACAUUUGUUUCGUCAAACCAAUCACUUCAUCUUUACUUUUACAGCGACAGCUCUGUUAGUCGUUCCGGUUUCAUUGGAUCGUAUAAACUGGUGUUGGACCAAUGCUUGUCAGGAGCUGCUUCAAACUGUCCAACAAGUGGCGGCAAAUGUCAUAAUGGUGUUGGAUCUUUUAUCUGUAAAUGCCCAACUGGUAUGCUGGAAACAGAUGGCAGUUGUACAGAUAUAAAUGAGUGCACAGUGAACAACCCAUGUCACUCCAGUGCCCGCUGUUUCAACACGCAUGGCUCAUUUCAAUGCAGGUGCCCACCCGGAUUAUAUGGAACUGGUAUUCUGCCUUGUAGAAACAUAUCAGAAGCAUUGCCUUGCUAUGUUAGAGGUUCUUAUAGAUGCAAUUACUAUGCAAGUUGUACCAACAUAAGUGGCCAGUCUGUUUGUUGGUGCAGAACUGGAUUCUAUGGCAAUGGACAUCAAUGUCAAGAUGUGAACGAAUGUGAAUUCACCAAAGAGAAACAAUGUAACACUACUUACGGCGGAAGAUGCAUUAAUUCUUAUGGGUCUUAUACAUGUCGAUGUAAUAAUGGUUAUAGGCUUGAUAAUGGUCAAUGCGCUGAUGUCAAUGAAUGCAGGCAAGGAACAGCUUAUCAAUGCACAAGUUACCACCAUGGCACUUGUGUUAACACCUAUGGAUCAUAUUAUUGUAACUGUAGUGUCGGAUAUAGACAAACAAGUGAUAGAAAAUCUUGCAGAGUGAUAUGUGGUGGCAACUUGACAGCGAGCAUGGUUGCUCAAAAUAUUACAAGUCCAUUUUAUCCAUCCCAAUAUCCAAAUAAUGCUGAAUGUAUUUGGAAUAUAACUUCUCCUUCUCCUCAAUAUCAAGUUCAACUUACUGUUGUUGAAUUGGAAACAGAAUCGUGUUGUGAUUACUUACAAGUAGAAAAUGGAACCGGAACCCAUCGUAUGAAAGGAAACUUAGGUGGUGGAAACACAACUUUUAUUUCAGCAGAUAAGAAAUUAAACGCCAAGUUCUAUGCAGAUGGUUCUGUAACAAAUUCUGGAUUUGUUGCAUCUUAUGUUUUAGUGCGAGAUAAAUGUCCAGCAGAUUUCAAGUCCAAAUGUGAGAUCAGUGGUGGAAGAUGCGUCAACACAUUCGACUCAUUUUAUUGUUACUGUCCAAGUGGUUUUAUCACCAAUAAAAACCUAACUUGCACAGAUAUAAAUGAAUGCAAUACAUACAACCCUUGCCACAAUUCAUCUGUAUGUAUCAACACGCCUGGUUCUUUUUAUUGUAAAUGCCCAAAUGGAACAUACGGCAGUGGGAUUACUCCUUGUAAAAACAUAUCAGAAGCGUUGCCAUGUUAUGUAAAUCAAGUGUAUAGAUGCCAUCAUUAUGCGCGGUGUGCGAAUAUAAGUGAUCAAUCAUUGUGCUUAUGUGUUGAGGGGUACCAGGGCAAUGGACACCGAUGCCAAACUAUUAAUGAGUGCAGCACCACCAAAGAAAAAAGGUGCCUUCCUGAAUUCGGCGGUUACUGUAUUAAUACAUGGGGCUCCUAUUACUGCAGAUGUAGCAAUGGAUACAAAUUAUCAAAUGGCGAAUGCAUUGAUGUCAAUGAAUGCAGGCAAGGAACAGCUUAUCAAUGCACAAGUUACCACCAUGGCACUUGUGUUAACACCCACGGAUCAUAUUAUUGUAACUGUAGUGUCGGAUAUAGACAAACAAGUGAUAGAAAAUCUUGCACUGUGAAAUGUGGUGGCAACUUGACAGCGAGCAUGGUGGCUCAAAAUAUUACAAGUCCAUUUUAUCCAUCCCAAUAUCCAAAUAAUGCUGAAUGUAUUUGGAAUAUAACUUCCCCUUCUCCUCAAUAUCAAGUUCAACUUACUGUUGUUGAAUUGGAAACAGAAUCGUGUUGUGAUUAUUUACAGUUAUCGAAUGGUAGUGGAAUUGGUGAUUAUAAGUUACGAGGGAGCUUAAGAAAUGUUCGACACACGUCCUUCAAUGGUUCACUGAAUGCUCAUUUCUAUUCUGAUGGGUCAGUUCGAAGGAAAGGUUUUGUUGCAACUUACAGUUUAGUUUCGAAUUUGUGCCACACCCAAGCUGCCAUGAAAUGCCAUUCUCCUGCUGGUACUUGCGAGAAUGAAGUCGAUUCAUAUCGCUGUAGAUGCAAUAGUGGGUAUACGUCGGUGAACCAAAGCAAGGAAUGCAUAGACAUAGAUGAAUGUUCUGGAACCUCCGUUUGCCACAAAGAUGCCGAAUGCAUUAACUCGCAAGGCUCAUAUGCUUGUAUGUGUAAGCCAUCAUAUGUGGGAGAUGGCUACAAUUGCAGAGACGCAUCUGGUUCAUUACCUUGCAAUGGUACUUCAUCAUGUGAUAUAAAUGCUCAAUGCUUAAACUCUUUAAAUCAGUUUGUGUGUGUUUGCAAUCAAGGGUUUUCUGGGAAUGGACAUAACUGCACCGAUGUGAAUGAAUGUGAUGAAGACAAUCAGAGUUAUUGCAACAAUGGCACCAAUGAAGGUGGAGAAUGUGUGAAUAAUAUCGGUUCAUAUUAUUGCAACUGCAAACCUGGAUAUUAUCUUACUGGAUCAGUAUGUGUUGAUAGAAAUGAAUGUACGAAUGGUGAGGCAUAUGAAUGCACAAGAUACAACCAUGGCACUUGUGUUAACACUCGUGGUUCUUAUUAUUGUAACUGUAGAGAUGGAUAUCAACCUACAAUGGAUCAGAAGUUAUGUAAAGUUGCUUGUGGUGGCAACCUGACUGCAACAUUCACUCCAAAGAAUCUUACCUCACCAUUAUACCCAAGUGUAUACCCCAACAACUUGGAAUGUAAAUGGAACAUUAGUUCAGCUGAUCCUUCAUACCAAGUUCAGUUUAAAGUCACUUUUUUCAAAUCGGAAACUUGCUGUGACUUUCUUCGUAUAUAUGAUGGUUUGAAAUACGAAUAUCUACGUGGUGUUUAUUUUUCCAUAUCAAGAUAUUACGUAUCCACACAAGCAUGGCUGCUGUUAAGAUUUUACACCAACAACAGAUACACCUUUCCUGGAUUUGUAGCAAGUUAUGAAUUAGUUUCGGAUGAAUGUUCACCUCAGGGGGUUGCUGCCAAUUGCUCUUUAACUGGUGGAACUUGUAUUAAAACUGUUGGAUCCUUCACGUGUAGUUGUCCACAUGGGUAUACACUUAGCAGAGAUGGAUAUUCUUGCAAGGAUAAUAACGAGUGCCUUCAAAACAUAUGUCAUUCGAAUGCGACAUGUAUCAACACACCCGGCUCAUAUCGUUGUGAAUGCAAUCCUGGUACUGUGGGAGACGGGUUUUUAUCUUGUAGAGGUUGGUGGCCUUGUACUGAACAAUGCAGUGAAAAAGCUCGCUGUUUAACGGUCCAUGGCAUCCACACUUGUGUAUGUGAUGGUGGAUAUACUGGUAAUGGAACAUCAUGUGAAGAUAUCAAUGAAUGUCUUACCACAAAUGAACCACGUUGUAUACACCCUGGGCAGUGCUUUAAUACCAUAGGAUCUUAUUACUGCUAUUGUAAGAAUGGGUAUACAUAUGAUGGAACUAAUUGCACAGAUAUUGAUGAAUGUACAAGUUGGGACAUAUGCAAAACUAGUGAGGGAGGUGACUGCAUCAACACACCUGGCUCGUUCACUUGCCAAUGUCAGUCAGGCUUCGAACUCAAUCCAGACAGACGCAGCUGUAGAGUGAGAUGUGGCGGGGAUUUGGUUGCCACUUCAACAUUACAAUUCCUCACAUCUCCACAAUACCCAAACCAGUAUCCUGACUUCUUGUAUUGCAAUUGGAAUUUAACCAAGUCACGUCCUGGUGUGUUGUUUGUCAAUGUGGUUGAAUUAAACACAGAACCAUGCUGCGAUUUCUUGCAGCUCUUUGAGGAUAACCGCCGAGUGUUUCGUUAUUCUGGAAUUCAAAAUAACAGAAGUUACCACACUGAUGCAAACUCUCUUCAUAUUCGCUUUAACUCAAACUUUGCUGGGCAAAGAAAAGGAUUUCUCCUGUCAUACAGGCUUGAAUACAAUGAAACUGGUUGUCCAGUUUUGCCGUUAAGUCCACUUGCUAUUGAACAACUGAGUGAUAAAUCAUCACUAGAUGUCACUAUCUCAUGCUCUUUGAAUCUUGUCUCGGUCAGAAUCCCGGCAUGUAAUCUUUCAAUGGCUGGCAUAGAACCUGAUGCAGUUUACAUAGCUCCUACAGAUCAAAAUCUCACAUCCGUGUCCACCCAUUGCAAGUCCCAUAUGAUACGCUUAUCAAACGGCGAAUACAUUUCUCAAAUUAACAUUCCCACUGCUUACAGCUGUGGUGCUGUUUCUGUUAUGUCAAACGAAUCGAUCACCACAAAUUAUACAUUACAAGGAGUUAUGAAAUACAGUGGCACAAUAUUAACAAGUACAUUUCAAUGCGUUUUCCAAAGGAAUUUACAAACUAGUGUUGAGAUGAAAGUGGAAAAAAGUCAUAAUAUCAUACGAAUACCUCUAAAGAACUCGAUGCAAACAGGAAACUUUCAUAUUAUAACUGGGUUGUAUAGUGACUCUAUGUACCAAAACUUAUUACGCAAUCCUACAUUGAGAGUAGGUGAUUUUAUUUAUAUGAAGAUUCAUCUUGAUUACCAAGGAGACAAUAUGGUUUUGCAGGCAACAGAAUGUUGGGCAACAAAUAAGAAAAAUCCAAACUCGAAACCUCGCUAUUUAAUGAUAUCUCAUGGAUGCCCCCAAGACUCCCCUAACAAUGCUAUCUACAAUGAUCAAUCUGCAUUAAAGUUGAAGUUCAAAGCCUUUCGUUUUUUUAACGAUUACAACACUUUAUAUUUCCACUGCGGGAUAACAGUUUAUGACUCAACGGUUUCGAGAUGUGCAAAACCUAGUUGUCCAGAUACAAGAAGGAGACGAGCAACUGAAACAUUAAAAUCUUCUGAAGAUGUUUACACAGUUGGCCCAAUUACCCUGAUAUCACCAUGUGAUCAGCCUGAACUUUGUGAACACCUUUGUAAUGUUGUUGACGAUACAGCUGUGUGUUCAUGCAAUGAAGGAUACCAACUUAUUGCUGAUGGAAGAUCAUGUCUUCCAGUUAAUGACGAAGAGAAUUCCUCAUCUCUGCCACAACCAAGUUUAGAAUACGUUAAAUCCGCAAUAAUAAUACUUCUUACUUUAGUCAUUCUGGUUCUCAUUUUUGUGAACUAUCGAAUCAGAAAACGGUAAAAUGACAUAAUAAGACUAAAAAUUGAAACAUACCAGGAAUUUGACAUAUGUACCGGUCAUUUUAGUGGCAUGAUUAUUUAAACACCUGUUUUAUUUAUUUGGUAAUACUAAGUUUUUUUGUGUAAUUACCCAAAAUAUUAAUUUCAAUGUAUUUUAGGUUUGGAUAAGAUAAUCCAUGUUUUUAUUCUUUUACAGAGAGUCAAAAGGAGCAUUACUAAAAUUGUUAAAAACACGAUUAGAAAAUAUAAAGAUAUAAUGUUCUGUUAAUCGUAACUAUGUCUUACCCACAGUACUGAAUUUAAAUGAAUGAACAAAGUUAUAUUUUUUAUAUUAUUUUUUUUUUUAAUUUUGCCUUACAUUAUAAAAUUCAAGUUUUAAUUAAAAAAAUUGUUUAAGAUAUCUAUAUCAAUACAUUUUACAUAAGCAAAGAACAAACAUAUAUAAUUGUAGUUGCUUUACCCUAUAACCAUAUAAUAUUAUAAUUACUGAAAUGUAUAAUCAACAUUGAAUCAAUAUUUCUUUGUUACUGUUUUCAAAGAGAUAAAUACAAAGUUAUUGUGCAUAUUAGCUUGUAUAUAUUUAACACCAAAUAGACACGAGAUGUAUGUAACAGCUAGAACACCCAUGUUAUUGUCGUUACCUCGCCACGCGAAAACGUUUACUUAAACUGACUACAAGUCAUGUUAAGUGCAAGAAUGCAUAUAUAAUGAAUAUGCCAACAAAUUACUAUGGUAGCAGCAUUUAGCCUUGAGGACAGAGUAACUCGAUAAGCGAAAAAUGCGCGAGACAAGUCAAAACAAUUAUAAUGGGCCAACUCCUUAAGUCACAACGUAAAAUAAACACAAGCAAUCAACCGUUUACGAUGAACAAACAUAAACAUGAAAACGCGUAAACAGCAAUAAUAAAUUUUCUGUUUUAAAAAAAAUUGUCAAAACAAAAUAGAUCCCUUUUACAAUAGUUCUUUAGGACUGGGGAUAAAACGUUUUAACUCCUUACGCUAUAGCCUUUUGUUUUUUUCUUAGAAAUAUCUGAGAACUGUUAAAACUUACGUGAAGUGAAUUGUUUAAGUGCGACUGGUAGAAAACUGCUGACAGUCUUUUCCUAUUUAGCCGUCAGUGGCGUCUAUUGAACUGUCAGAAACGUCAUAACCAGUUUUCUACAAUAUUUCUUAAAAGGGUUUCGGAAACUUCUUAUUGUGGAUUGAAAGGCUUUAGAUUUUAUUGUUUAAGCUACAAAAUAUCCUUCUCCGCAUUUCUUUGAUGGCUUAUUACCAUUAUAUAUGGUGAAGCAAAAACCGUUCUCGUUCUUUAUUAAAAGCAAUAAGACCCGUUUGGAGAACUCUAACAGGCCGAAUGCUAUAUUUGUAUAAAGGGACAAGCCGAUAAUAUUCGAAACACUAAACAAAACGCUGCAAGAUAGUUUAACCUUUAGACGUAUAGGCUUAAUUCUUUAGGUUUUGAAUAUGUUUUGACCAAGUGUCCAUGAUGUUCUAUUGUUUUAGAUGAAAGGUGUAAGAUGUUUAAUUGCUCUGAUCAUUCUGUUCUGUGCGUCUUGUGCGUUUGGACGAGUGGCUCCAGCUGGUGUUAAUAUUACAGAACCACAUCCGGGUCCUUUGAACGCAACUACAGUUCCACCUUCGACGGCCCCAACCUCGACGGUCCCACCGUCGACGGCCCCACCCUCGACGGCCCCACCCUCGACGGCCCCACCCUCGACGGCCCCACCGUCGACGGUCCCACCGUCGACGGCCCCACCCUCGACGGCCCCACCCUCGACGGCCCCACCCUCGACGGUCCCACCGUCGACGGCCCCACCGUCGACGGUCCCACCCUCGACGGCCCCACCCUCGACGGUCCCACCCUCGACGGUCCCACCCUCGACGGCCCCACCCUCGACGGUCCCACCAUCGACGGUCCCACCCUCGACGGUCCCACCCUCGACGGCCCCACCAUCGACGGCCCCACCAUCGACGGCCCCACCCUCGACGGCUCCUCCUUCAAGUCCAUGUCUACGGCAUCCACUUGCCUACGUAUGGGCCCAGCAAAAACGCAGGCCAUGGGUCGGCACCAGUUCAUCGUUUGUCUCUGCCUUGUUGACGUCCAUCAACAACCAGGUGCUAAGCUCAAUAUGGAACCGUCCCAAUUCGUGGAUACCUGGCCAACCUACGAUAUACGUGUCAACCUCUACAACUAGAAGAAGACGUUGGGGUUGGAGAUGGAGGAUUCCACUUCCAUGGCACGGGGAGAAUUGGUUCGACGAGGAUAAAAUUAAAAAUACCUUAGAAUCAGAUAAAGAGGAAAGUCAUGAACUUGAAGAACUUGAUGAUGAAGUAACAGAUUUUGAUGACGUAGCAAACACCGAUGACGUUACUGCAAAUGAUUUAAAUUAAUUUUUUAUGACUUUACAAAACACGAAAUAAAAUUUGCGGUUAUCAGUUUA